AUGAGUGAUGCAGAAACAUAUAGAUCAAAAGUUCUUGAGCCUCUCAUAGUAGUGGUGAAUUGCUUGCAGAAAACUGAUGGCUUGUUUGUAGUGGAAGGUGUCGAAGAAGCUUUGAAGACUGUAGUUUGGUGGCUUCGGUGUUCUGAGAUGGGGAGCUUCAUCCUACCGUGGAGGUGCUUGGGUGUGGCUAGGUUCCGGUUGACCAAGAGGUCACCGUUGGCCUGCUUGAGCUGCGGGAGAAGCUUGGUUUGGAUCUAG